AUGAACUCGAACUUGAUGAUUUGCAAGUUUCUAACGAAAUUUGGAUUACCUGCUGAAACAGUUCGAGAUCCAGCAUUUCAACACAUGAUAUUUACAAUAAAUCAAAAUUAUAAAACACCGCCGCCGGUUGAAAUUGAAAGAUCAUUGAACAAUGUUUCGAAUAUGAUUUUGGUGAGUUAACUCGUCAGUUUCUAAUUUGGAUCAUGAUUUUUGUAAGAAAAAGAAAUAUAAUUUUUCAGAUCAAAAAACAAGAUGACGAUAAGAAUAAAAGUGUUCAACCGAUUGCUGUAACUGUUGAUACUGUUGAAAAUGGACAAGAUACAUUUCUAGCUUUCUCAUUUCAUUAUUUUGUAAAAAAGGGAACAAAGUCACAUGUUGUGCAUUUGAAGAAGAUUGAAGGUUUGGAGUAAGUUAGCUAUUUUUCUAUAAAUACUAGAGAGCCUUAGGCGGUGGGGCAGAUUAGUUUCUCCCCCGGGAGAAAUGGGGAGAAAGAGGAGAAAAGUGGUGCAGAAACGCGGGAAGAAAGAGGAGUUUCUGCCUUUUCUCCCAAACCGUAUCGUGCCGAGACCCUUCCUGGAAAAUCUCUGCGCCUUUAAUCGAGUCGAAAUACGGAACUAUAUCGGUCUUAUCGAUAAAUGGUCUCGACACGAUGAGCCGGAUACUGUAGGAGGAGAAAAGGCAGGAACUCCUCUUCCUCCCAGCGUUGCUGCACCAAUUUUCUCCUCUUUCUCCCCAUUUCUCCCGGGGGAGAAACUAAUCUGCCCCACCGCCUUAGCGCAACAUUGCUGCACUUGAAGAGCUGCCAAAUGUGCACAUUUGCGUCACGGUGUUAGCACAGCGGUUCAUUUUUCGCAGCUUUCCCAAAUAUCACUGUAUUUUUUUUUGCAAUUCGAGGGAGACGCAGACUUUAACGUGUGCAGACAAAUCUCUCGCCGAAAAAGGGAGAGAAAUAGUGUGUGGCAGACACACAGCGCGUCGAGACCAGCGAGUGUCUGCGUCUCCUCGAAAUUGCAUUUUUCUAUUAGAAAAAAACACAGUGAUAUAUGAGAUUCAGGCUCGCUGAAAUUUUCAAUGUAAUUCGAACUGCGGCCAAUCAAUUCAAUUCGGAACUGAUUCGCUUUCCAACAAUUAUCACAUCAAAACCCAAUAUUUCUCUACACUGUAUUAAUAAGAAUAUAUCAGAUCGAACUUAUAUUUGCUAUUUCACAUAUAUCACAUUCUUCGCUGACGCAAUUCUAAAUAUUCUGGAAUUCAAAAACGCUGUCGAAUAUUUGCAAAAGUUUUAUCUUGCUGUGAAAUACGAUAAAGAAUAUCGAUUUAAGAUUGACAAGUUUUUCAAGUCGCAUGGCAAGACUUAUGAUUUUCCGGUCAACCUCGAGUUGAAAACUUGGACUGAUGUUGCGGAAUUUUUGGCGGAUGUUAUGAGAAAUGUUGGUUUCUGAAAAUUUAUAAAUUUGCCACGUCAUAACCAAUAUUUCUUGUUCCAGCACCACUUGAUUUUGAAUAUAUCAAAAUUUCUCAAAAGAUAUCAAAAUGUCAAAAAUAACGAUUUCCACUAUCACCAACUUAUUACUCUUCAAGAAAUUCUUCAACAUUUGUACGAAAGUGUUGGAGAACUUUCGAAACUCAACAGCUCAAUUUCUCAAAUUCUUCCGGAAAUUUCAAAGAUCCGAAAAGUCAUCAAAAUGUAAGUUUUCUUUGAAUCAAAAUCAUUGACUGAAAUAUAUAUUUAUUUACAUUUCAGAAGCUGUCCUGAUCUUUUGAUAAGAAUGAAAAUUGAAAAAGUGUUUACGACACAUUUGGAUUUUUUCACAAAGGAUUUCAAAAAUGGAGAAUAUGCAAUGGCGACUUUUUUGGAUCCGAGAUUUUGUUUUGAUUUGGAAAUUUUUGAUAGUGAUUUUUGGAGAUUGGCUGUGCUAACUGUUGGAAGAAGUGAGUUUGAAUUUUGAAGAAAAAAAGAACUUUUUCAUAGCACUGAAUUGAAUUUGAUAAAACCUAAGAAUAAGCGCCUAGAAGUUUUAGUAAUUUCUAAUAAUAAAAAAAACGACGAUCGUUUUUUGAUGUUCGAUUUUAAAUAUUUUUUCGAUGCCAAAUAUUUUCAGAAUUGAUGAGUUCGGGAUAUUCAAAUGAAUCACAACACACAUUAAUCCACAAAGAAAUCACACGUUAUAUCAACUCAUUCGAAGAUCGGAAAUCUAUCGUGGAUUCCGUGUCAUGGUGGAGUGACAAUUAUUUCCAGUUUCAAAUACUUUCACGUCUCGUCAGAUUAUUCCUGCCAAUUCCUGCUUGUUCAAUUGAUGCUCAACAAUAUUUUGGAGAACAUGGAAGAUUUAUGAGAAAUCAUGAUAUAAUGACAAAAACUGAGUUUGAUAGAACACUUUUGAUUGCAUCUCCAAUGGAAGUUUUUCGCGGAAGAGGAUUCUCCAAACAUUAUUUGAAAAAUAACAAUAAUUAUAAUGAAUUGGGAACUGUUACGAUUCCAGUGCUUAGAAAAAGAAAAACUGAUAAAGAGGAGGAAAAUUGUUAUAAUUUUGAAGUCCAGGAGAACGCGAAACUUGAUUUGACCCCAUUUUUGAUAAAACAACCAGAAAUCAAGAAUGAGAAUGUGGAAGAAGAUAAUAUACCAGGGUUAGUUGAAAAUAUUUUGAAAUUUUCUGAUUUUUGUGGUUUUCAGGCCAUCGAAUGUGAAAGAGGAAAUUAUCGAAGUUCCAUCUGAAAUCAAGCCGGAAUUGACUGAUUUUUCGAUUCCAUCAACUUCUAGUAAAGAUUCCGAUCAUACGCAAAAUCAGGAAGAAGAUUCCAAAGCUUCGUAAGUUUUUGGGAGGAUUGAUAACUCCAAAAAGUCAAACAUUUUGAAAUAACAAGAUUAAAUCUCAACUUUCGAAAAAUCGAAUUUAUUUUCUCGAAGUUAUUGAAAAAUAAAUUUGCUACCUCAUAAAUUUUUGGGUGAAUUUCAAUUCUUUUGUCGAAAUGUUUUCGAAAGAGUUGAAGCCGAAACUCUAAAUUUUGUUCCGCAUGUUUUCUCUCAAAUUUGACUUGAACAUUUCGAAUUAUAUCUCAAAAAUAAUACUUUCAUUAUUUUUCAAAAGUCAAUUUUUUUUCAGAAUUCAAAAAUCACAAGUUGAAGGAGUUUUGGAUAGAUCCUCUUCUGCACAGAUCAAAUAUAAUUCAACGUACGCUUUUUUUCUUGGAAAAAUCUAAAUCUCAAAAGUGUAUUUUUCCAGAAGAGUAUUCUCCUCAGAAUCAACCAACAAAGAAGUCGAAACUGUUCCACCGAAAAAGAAAAUGCCAAUAAUUAUAAGCCCAAAUUUCGAGAUCAAAAGAAACAGUUUGAAUGUUUUCAGCAAUGAAGGAGUUAUCACAAAACAGUAAGUUUUUAAAUUUGAAUUUUCAAAAAAAACAUUAUAAUAAAUUUCAGGCUUAUUGCUCCGAUUUCGAUUCCAAAAACAUGGGGAACUAUUAAAUAUGGUAAACCGCAAAGUAUUCGUGAACAAUCCAAAAAUAAUGAAUGUAAGUAA